AUGAUUUCACAAUUUAUUUCUAACAAUCCAAUUAUUCCAUCAACAAAUACACAAACACCAAUAGAAGAAAAUAAAAUAGAGGAGGAAUCUAUUCAACCAUUAUCUAAACCAAAUAAUUGUGUUGAAAGUCUUUCAAUGCCAUUGAUUAAUUUAAUACCAACUAAAGAUGAUCAACAUCAAUCGAAACUAUCUAAAAAUAAUCCAAUUACAAAUAAUAAACAACAAUAUAUUAAAGUUCCAUCUCAUGUUCUCACACGACGUUCACCUGAAGCUUACAAAAAUUUACGAGCUAAAACGGUACGAAUUGGUAAAGUUCGUUGGCCACCACCACUCAAUUCAGAUGAAAUUGAUCAGGCCAAUCAACAAAGACGAUUGCUCAUACACCGCCGUAUUCAAGAAGAAAUUCAUGGUAAUGCGACAAUUAGAGAACAAUCAUCAAUCGUACACGAUCAUGUUCCUAUUGAAAACAACAAUCUAUUUCCUCACAAUAAUCACGAUUUGUCGACAAAUGAUAUUAUUGUUUGUAAUCAAAAACCAUUAAAACUUGAUAAAGAAAAUUAUCAACUUCGUAAAAAUUUAUUUGAACAUGUCGACAAAUCAUCAUUUUUAGGUAUGAAUAUAUCCUUUUCUAUUUAA